UUACUGUUAUUGGUUAAGAGUAGGAAAUGUAAUGAGGAUUUGAGAUGAAAAAAUGUAUCAUCUAGUCGAUUUUAUAAUGUUAUAGAGCAUAAAUUCAUCUUUAAUUGUAUUAUUGAUACAUGUCACAAAAUUGUUUUGCUUAUGACAAUUAUUUAUAAUAUAUAAAGUGGUGAAAUUACAUUAAUUUCUUGAAACGUAUAAAAAACGGCCUCAAUCAUCGCAGAUUGGAACGAACUUUUAUAGUAACAUGACUAAAAAUUUUGCCGACUUAUGUAUCGAAAUAUUUUUUUCUAUAUAUUUAAGAAACAGUAAUUGUGAAUAUGUUUUAGUAUUUAGAAAACCAGUUUUGCCUGGAUUCUAUUCUUAGAGGUCAAUUGUAAUGUCACUGAAAAUAUGAUUGUUUUACGUGCAACCGCAAGAAACAGUUUGGAUUGAUCAUUCGACCUAAUAUAUCUUAAUUUUCAUACAACUCGUAUAUAUAUAUAUAUCUAUUUUCCGAAAUGUGACCACUGUACAUGAUGCAGCUUGUUUUGAUUUUUUAUCAAAAAAGUAGAAACCAUAAAGUGUCAUAUUCUUCGCUCUGAUUUUUUAUAUUUCAUAAUAAGCUGAACGUUGCAAUGGAGGUUAAGGAUGAAGAUUUGAUCGAAUGUUUAGAUGAAAAAAUUCGUGAUGGGAAAAAACUUGUUGAACGGCUGAAAAUCAUGCAAGGCAAAGUAGAAGGAGUUGAUAAACUUGUGAGAAAAAUAAAUCAAGAAAUUCGAUUUUUGGUUAAGGUUCGAUCAUCUGGCGUAGUGAAAAAGGAAUAUUUACAAAGUACAAAUCUGAUUCAUCUCACGGCAAUGGUGGAUUGCUUAUUUGAGUCCAAGGAGCCGAUAUGUGUUAUGCAGCCUUUCAAAGAUAAGAAUAACGAGCGUCUGGAAGUAGAUAUUGUUUGUAAAUCGGGUGGAACAUGGAUCAAAGUCAUAGCGAGAAACGCCAGAGCAUUAACGCUGAUAUCAUUGGGAAAUGGAGAAUACGGUCAAAAAUCUGUUCUCGACCAGGCUGAAGCAUACAAAAAAUGUGCUGAGAAUCAUCCUUAUAGAUACCAAACACCAGAAAUCGUAUUCUACUUUGCUUGCGGAGUGGAAAUGCUCCUGGCCCGUAAACUUGAAAAUUUAGGUGUCAUUGUCCAUGGGAAAGUUGUAACGAAUGACGAAAGUUAUCAUCAGAACCUAAUCGGGACGUCCAUGGAAGAAAAGAGAGAAGGUUUGCAACAGGAAAAGGAUGCUGUCAGCGAGGAUGAGAAUAAUGUGACACUGAGUUUUCAGACUCUGAGUUCAGAGGUUGAUUCGAAAGACAUAAAGACUCUGAAUCUAGACGUUUCUACGCUUUUGGCUUAUGUCAGCAAUAUGACAAACGGUCACGCGAAUUUCGUCUACCGCGAGCCUUUGUUGACGGGCCAAGCCGAGUGGGAAAGAAGCAGACCAGUAAAACCUCUUCUCGACAAAUUAUUUCAGGGUAAAGAGCUUUUGGUGUGCGAAACAGCGUACAAAAAUUUCGUCGACAUUGUCGAUAUAAUCGGAGGUCCGUGCGAAACUGCAAGAGCCAAAGAACUCGAGAAGAAGAUUAAAAUUGUCGAGGAUGCGAAACAUGGAAGGAUCAUUGAGAAAUUAUGCCUCGGUGGAAAAAUAAAAAAUCGUUCUCGAUUGGUUUUCGCAACGGGAGAAAGCACUAAAAGUAUUACAAUUUCAGCCAACGAGGGAUUUGUCAGAGCCGCGAGAAUGCAGGGAAUAGAAUGCACGGUAGUUCUCCAUGAGCCGAGAUCGCUGUCUGAAAUGAAGGAAAAGCAUGCAACACCCCUCAGAAUUUCUUGACGAAACAACCAUGAAGUGUCAAAACAUUGUAGAGUUUAUCCGAAUUUCGAAAAUCGCUUCUUUGAAAUACGAAAAAUUAUAAGAUUCUCCUCAUAUUUUAGUGAUGAAUCAUCAGUUGAAUUAAUCGAUUUUCUCAUCGUCCUUCGAUGACAACUGAACCACUCAAUCUAUCGGAGUAUUUACAUUUUGUGUGUUUUCGAAACCGCAAUCGUUUUUCAAUUCUUUCUCAAAAUCUGUAAAAAGAUAUUAAAACAUCGAGGUUUCAAGAUAGUAUUGAUUAUUUGAUUACUUGAUGAAUCAUGAAAUAAAUAGAAUGUCAUCAAUGAAAUGUUAAAAGAAAAAACAA